AGCCUGUGCCCAGGAUUCCCCAGCCGCUCUCGGCGUCCUUAUCGUCACGUGACCGUGACGUACUCUCCAGCGCCGCCAUCUUCGUGUGGAGGGAGCCGGGAGGUAUCGUAGGGCGCUGUGAGAGGAGGCCGUCAGCCGCAGUAUCUCCCUCCGCCAUGUCCACCGAGAACCAGGAGAGCAGCGUGCCGGAGGACAACGUUACGGACGAGCAGAAGGUGAGCCUGGAGAGGCAGUGCGGGGCCACCGGGCCGCAAUAUGGAGGGAGCCGGCUUCCAUGAGGAUGAGUCACGGUUUAAUGAUAAGGAAAAGGCGGCUGGGGCUGCUGGAGGCUGAGCUUAUACCAGGGCAUGGCCUAGUGUCUCCAUGGCUUAUUAAAUGCUCGCAGGGAACAGGUCUAAUCCCCAGCAUCCCUGGGAGGGGAGAGUCUAAUCCCCAGCAUCCCUGGGAGGGGAGAGUCUAAUCCCCAGCAUCCCUGGGAGGGGAGAGUCUAAUCCCCAGCAUCCCUGGGAGGGGAGAGUCUAAUCCCAGCAUCCUGGGGAAAGUCUAUCCCUAGAGAAGUCUAAUCCCAGCAUCCUGGGGAGAAAUCUAAUCCCAGCAUCCUGGGGAAAAGUCUAAUCCCAGCAUCCUGGGGUGGGGGUGGGGAAAUUAAUCCCCAGCAUCCCUGGGGGAAGAGUCCUAAUCCCCAGCAUCCCUGGGGUGGGGAGUGGGGAAAGUCUAAUCCCCCAGCAUCCCUGGGGUAGAGUGGGGAAAAUCUAAUCCCCCAGCAUCACAAGUGGGGAAAAGUCUAUCCCCCAGCAUCCGUGGGGAAAGUCUAAUCCCCAGCAUCCCUGAGGCCAGGGGAAAGUCUAAUCCCCAGCAUCCCUACAGCGUGCAGGGGAAAAGUCUAAUCCCCAGCAUCCUGAGGUAGGGGAAGAGUCUGUCCCCAGCAUCCCUGGGAGGGGGGAGUCUAAUCCCCCAGCAUCCCUGGGAGGGGGGAGUCUAAUCCCCCAGCAUCCCUGGGAGGGGGGAGUCUAAUCCCCCCAGCAUCCCUGGGAGGGGGGAGUCUAAUCCCCCAGCACCCCUGGGAGGGAAGAGUCUAAUCCCCCAGCACCCCUGGGAGGGGAGAGUCUAAUCCCCCAGCACCCCUGGGAGGGAAGAGUCUAAUCCCCCAGCACCCCUGGGAGGGAAGAGUCUAAUCCCCCAGCACCCCUGGGAGGGAAGAGUCUAAUCCCCCAGCACCCCUGGGAGGGGAGAGUCUAAUCCCCCAGCACCCCUGGGAGGGGGGAGUCUAAUCCCCCAGCACCCCUGGGAGGGGGGAGUCUAAUCCCCAGCAUCCCUGGGAGGGGGGAGUCUAAUCCCCCAGCACCCCUGGGAGGGAAGAGUCUAAUCCCCCAGCACCACUGGGAGGGGAGAGUCUAAUCCCCCAGCACCCCUGGGAGGGGAGAGUCUAAUCCCCAGCAUCCCUGGGGGGGGAAAGUCUAAUCCCCAGCAUCCCACAGGGGAGGGAAGUCUGUCCCAGCAUCCCUGGGGAAAGUCCUAUCCCCAGCAGCAUCCUGGGAAAUCUAAUCCCAGCAGCAUCCUGGGAGAGAAGUCUAAUCCCAGCAUCCUGGGGGAGAAAGUCUAAUCCCCCAGCAUCCCUGGGGGAGAAAGUCUAAUCCCCAGCAUCGGGAGAAAGUCUAAUCCCCAGCAUCCCUGUGUGGGGGAGAGUCUAAUCCCCGGCGCAUCCUGGGGAGGAAAGUCUGUCCCCGGCAUCCUGGGGAGAAAGUCUAAUCCCAGCAUCCCUGGGGAGAAAGUCUGAUACAGCAUCCUGGGGAGAAAGUCAAUCCCUGGGGGGGAGAAGUCUAAUCCCCAGCAUCCCACAAGUAAUCCCCAGCAUCCCUGGGGAGGGAAAGUCUAAUCCCCAGCAUCCCUGCCAGGGGAAAGUCUAAUCCCAGCAUCCUGGGGGAGGGAAAGGGAGAUCACAAUCCCAGCAUCCUGGAAGUCUAAUCCCCAGCAUCACCAAGUCUAAUCCCCAGCAUCCUGGAAAUCUAUCCCCCCAGCAUCCUAGAAGUCUAUCCCCAGCAUCCCUGAAGUCCUAAUCCCAGCAUCACAGAGUCUAAUCCCAGCAUCGCCCAGGGGAGUCUAAUCCCCAGCAUCCCUUGAGGAAGGUCCUAAUCCCCCCAGCAUCCCUUGGGGGGAAGGUCUAAUCCCCCGUCCUUGGAUCUAAUCCCCAUCCCCUGGGGGGUCUAAUCCCCAGCAUCCCUGGGGAGGUCUAAUCCCAGCAUCACAGAGGUCCUAAUCCCCAGCAUCCCUGGGGGAGGUCUAAUACCCCAGCAUCCUGGGGGGGAGUCUAAUCCCCCAGCAUCCCUGGGGGUGGGAGAGUCUAAUCCCCCAGCAUCCCUGGGGGUGGGAGAGUCUAAUCCCCCAGCAUCCCUGGGGGUGGGAGAGUCUAAUCCCCCAGCAUCCCUGGGGGUGGGAGAGUCUAAUCCCCCAGCAUCCCUGGGGGUGGGAGAGUCUAAUCCCCCAGCAUCCCUGGGGGUGGGAGAGUCUAAUCCCCCAGCAUCCCUGGGGGUGGGAGAGUCUAAUCCCCCAGCAUCCCUGGGGGUGGGAGAGUCUAAUCCCCCAGCAUCCCUGGGGGUGGGAGAGUCUAAUCCCCCAGCAUCCCUGGGGGUGGGAGAGUCUAAUCCCCCAGCAUCCCUGGGGGUGGGAGAGUCUAAUCCCCCAGCAUCCCUGGGGGUGGGAGAGUCUAAUCCCCCAGCAUCCCUGGGGGUGGGAGAGUCUAAUUCGUGAUACUGAGCUGCAUCCUCUCAAUGAUUGGGCAUCAUGGUCAAACAGGCUUCCUCUGUGUAUUAUAAUAUAUAUUGCAUUACUGAGGAUUUGUUUUAUGCUCAUGAGGCAGGGGUUGGCUCCAAAAGAGAUAUCUAUAGCUUCUAGUCUAAUUCAAAUACUAUUUAGGCUAGCAGAGCAUCAUGGGAGCUGUAGUUAUGUAACAUCUGGAGAAUCUAUUAUUUGGAAGAACCCUGCCCUAAUUUAUUUGUUGGGGCGUUGAAUGAACCCCGUAUAGAGAACUUUGCUGGUGACCUAUUGAGUGCUGCUCUCAACACUUGGCCAUGCUUAAAUCCUGCUCAUCAGAUGUAGGAUAGGAUGAAGGAGACUUCCUAGUUGCCACAGCAGGCACCAUUCCAGUUACAGCAUCAUAGCCCCACCUCACUUGCAGUCACUAAAAGGCACAUGCUGCAAAGCUCUAUUUUAUAAUGUAAAUAUACAUGUAUAUUAAUCAGAAAUUUAGUGCAGAAAUUUGUUUUGUUUUUUUCUUAACCCAACAAUUGCCCAAAUCCUCCCAUCUAUCUGAAUCAGGAUUGAGGAUUAAUAGUUUGAACUCUAUUAAACUCCAGCACACAUUCAACCAACUCACUUGCAGUCUAUAAGAGUUCCUGUACGUAAUAUUUUUUUCCUUCUAGUCCCUACAGGGAAGCAAAUCUUGGUGCAAGGUCCUAUUUUUGUCACUAUGGAGACCUGAUGCCAUGGUUUUGUUUUGAGCAUUCGUUUAGCAUGCUUCUUAUUGCACAGUACAUUAUCAUGAUGGUUAUUUUAAUCUUCUUGAUUUCUGUAAAUAUGAGGCACGUCCAAUCCGUAUUCUUAUUUGGAUUACAAAUGUUUUAAAACUGCAUUGCUGUUAUUUUAUUUCCAUAUGGAAGUUUUUCAUUUAGCAAAGGUGACAUCAUUGUUACAUGGUUUUGCAUAGGCAACUAUAUUUAAAGGAACACAAACAUGUAUUCCUGACCCUAUAGUGUAAAAGACGCCAUCUGGCCCCCUAAAUAUAGCAAAAUCUUACAGUCAAAUAUUGCAGUCUGCUGCUGGCUCCUGUGAUCUGCCUGCAUGGCUUACUUCAUCAUCCUGUGCAGCACUGGACACAGUUGUUCUGGUGUCUACAUGAAAAUGUCUGCAGGGACAGGCUAUAUACUCUGCCUUUUCAGAAGAAAGGCAGUGUUUACAUUACUGCUAGUGCCUAGGGACAUCUCAGUGGCAUUUAAUCUGAUGGCCACUAGAGGUGCUUCCUGGGUAAAUGCUGUACAAUGUGCAGUAUAUCCAGCGGAACAUUCCCCGUAGAGAUUUAAUGCAUCUCUAUGAGGAGAUGCUGAUUGGCCAGCGCAACAUUUUGUCACACGUGCUCAUUAGCCUCCCAAUGCUUUCAUAUGGGAACGUAUUGGAUUGGCUGAGAUUGUCAAUUCUGAUGAUCUCCGCCAAGAGGGCGGGCCCAGUGUCAGCGGACCUGCAUUCCUCCCAGCCUGCCAACACUACAGGUCAAGGUCUUAUAGUGUCGCGGUGCCUGGCUGGGACCCUGUUCAGCGGAAAUGUUUCCCAGUGCUAUAAACACUAAAUUGAGGAUUGCUAAGAAUUCAAAGUGAAUUUCAAAUGUAACAUCAAAAUAGUUGUGUAAUACCAAAGAAUAGUUUCAAUUCUUUCAUAGGGGGAUUGGAACUGUUUAAUAAAUUGAAGGCCGCAAAGAUGUAAGGUCACAGGGACAAAGUUGAUGCUGGGAACAAAGAACUAAGUGUUCUGGGCUGGCUGAUGGCUUGAUGGACUUUCUUAUAGUAGUAUUUUACAAAUAUCUGGUUCUAUAAACCACUGUAUGUUACAGGGAUGCGAAGUGGAUGUGGUCCUUAGACUAACCAUUUCAUUUACUUGCAAAGCAAGCUUACAUUCCUUAUUACCAAAAUUGUACAUUCUAAUAAAUGUAUAUCUCCUUCUGUGCUUUUUCCUACUUCGAACCCUAUGUUCAGGUUGUGCAAGUUUCAGUAGUAUAGGGUUUUUUUUGUUUUUUAUCUCAUGAUAUAACUGUUUGUUUUUAUUUAUUUUGAUAUGUCUUUCUGUACUGUAAAUCGGAUGGUCUGCACUAUUUUUGUUUUCUCUUUUGUGCCAUAUGUCCAAGGAUCCUUACACAAGAUGUGAGGGAACCCACAGCCUGAUGUCUGUUUUUUGAUAUGCUGAUACUUAUGUGAUUUAGCAUUUACAUUUCGUGUAAGGAUCACAGUAAUUGGUUAUAAAUAGCAGCAAUAAUUGUAUUUGUUCCCGCUAGUUGCUGUGUGUUCCCUUUUAUUCAUAGAAUAUGUAUAGCAGUGCUGAGGAGAGAGCAUUUUCGGGUAGGUACUUUUCAACCUUUUGGGUUGUGAGGUCUUGGCCUUUUAUUUCCAUAGAGAAGUGCCAGUGUCAUCUAUAUUUGAUGUCAAAUGCCUAACCUCAUAUCAGUCAUUGUAAAAGGGACAAAAUACCCUGACUACUGAAUUUUUUUGUUUCCCUCUCUCUCCCAGGCUCAUUAAAAAGACCCUAUAGGCACCCAUACUGCUUCAGUUGGUUGAAGUGAUCUGGGUACAGUGUCCCUAUUGUAGUUUGUGCUGCAAUGUUAAACAUUGCAGCACUAAGUCUGCCUCCAGUGGCUGUCUACCAGACAGCCACGAGACACGUCAUGUAUCCUAACAGACUUUUGGUCCAGUAACUGAAUAGCAUCAGCUAUUUAUUCAUUGGAAAACAUUGAAGUUCAUUGCUAUUUCUAUUGGGUACUGUAAAUCGGAUGGUCUGCACUAUUUUUGUUUUCUCUUUUGUGCCAUAUGUCCAAGGAUCCUUACACAAGAUGUGAGGGAACCCACAGCCUGAUGUCUGUUUUUUGAUAUGCUGAUACGAUUUAGCAUUUACAUUUCGUGUAAGGAUCACAGUAAUUGGUUAUAAAUAGCAGCAAUAAUUGUAUUUGUUCCCGCUAGUUGCUGUGUGUUCCCUUUUAUUCAUAGAAUAUGUAUAGCAGUGCUGAGGAGAGAGCAUUUUCGGGUAGGUACUUUUCAACCUUUUGGGUUGUGAGGUCUUGGCCUUUUAUUUCCAUAGAGAAGUGCCAGUGUCAGAUGUCAAAUGCCUAACCUCAUAUCAGUCAUUGUAAAAGGGACAAAAUACCCUGACUACUGAAUUUUUUUGUUUCCCUCUCUCUCCCAGGCUCAUUAAAAAGACCCUAUAGGCACCCAUACUGCUUCAGUUGGUUGAAGUGAUCUGGGUACAGUGUCCCUAUUGUAGUUUGUGCUGCAAUGUUAAACAUUGCAGCACUAAGUCUGCCUCCAGUGGCUGUCUACCAGACAGCCACGAGACACGUCAUGGACUUUUGGUCCAGUAACUGAAUAGCAUCAGCUAUUUAUUCAUUGGAAAACAUUGAUUCAUUGCUAUUUCUAUUGGGAGGCCUUAUGUUGGAACGGCACUCGUUGCAUAUGUACAUUAGCAUCCACUAGUCGAGGAACGUGGGAGGCAGGCGGCAGCAAGGAUCUGUAGCUCUGUUCCCUCGUGCUUGGAGCUGGAAUAUGGCAUCUUUUUUGCCAGAUCACUAAACGGUGCUCUAGGAAGCAGAGAUGACUGCAGCCCAAAAGGUAGGGAGGCUGGGUGAAUUUAAAAUAAUAAAAGUAAUGAUUUGUGAGUAAGUGUGAGUGUUGCAAUGUGUGAAAUCAGUGAGUGUAUGUAUGUCUGUCAAUGGAGGGGGCCUACUGGGUGUAGGGAUAAACUAUCUUGAAACACAUCAGGGCCCUGGGGCUCCCACGACAUGUAUCUUAUCACGAGAUUGCCAGAGUGCUGAGACUAUAUGACCGUAGAAAUGCAUAGAUAACCAUAAACACAAGAUGUGUAAGAACCACUAAACUAACAGAAAAAAGAAUACAUUGAUUAGAGUAUAAUUCUUAGCACACAUGUUGUACAUACUACUCCCAUUUUGAGGGCGACUUUUUAAUUUGGACGAACAUGACCAAAAAAAUGGGAAAAGGCUGAGGUAUCAUGUAACCUAUAUGGGUCUCCCUUUCAUUUAUUCACUGGAUUAGAGAUGGGGGCACUGGCUUUCUAUACUGCACUCACGAAAUCUAUGAUGGGGUUCACGCAGUAACAAAGAUUUCAACUCUCCGCUGACUUUAGCCAGGUCCGCUGUUUGUAUACUUUCUACUCUACUGCCCAUAUAGGAGAUCCAGGGCUGCCAGAUCUUGAUAUAAACUGCAGGUUUCCCCAGAGAUGACCAACGGAGCUCUUCUAGGAUGCGGAAGUGCUUGAUUUUAGAAAUCACUUCCCUUAAACCCGGUGUCCUGGUUGCUUUCCACAAGCUCGCAAUUACCGACUUGGCGGCAGUGAGCAUAAAAUACAGUAAUGAGUUUUUAUAUUUGUCAGAGCUGUGUCAUUGUGUAGGAGUAACAGGUUGUCCAUCUCAAGAGAGAUGUUCGUGCCCUAGGUUUCCUGUAUUGUGGUCACUACCUGUACCCAGAAGGGCAAUAUUUCCUUGCACUUCCACUAUAUGUGCAACAUCACCUGCCGCCCCUCCGAACAUCCAGCAGAUGGGAGGGAUGUGGUUGGGUGAAAACGGUUGAUGUCCUGUGGCGUGAUAUACCAACCUGAGAUUACUUUAUAGUUAAUUUCUUGCAACAUAACCCCGCCCAGAUGAAUCUUGUGAACAGUGUCUGAAUAUUUAUAAAGAACCGUCUUGGGAGGUAUGUUGGUAUUGUGUUUAGCAGAUACAGAGUGCGAGGGAGUAUGUUCAUCGAUGUAGCAUUGACCCUACCCAUCCAUCUGAGAAGGGGUUUAUCCCACACCUGCAGGUCUGCUUGUAUGGCUGUCAGUAAACCGGGAAAGUUGAAUACAUAUAGAGCUCUAGUAUAUGCUGGAAUGUAAACCCCCAGGUACUUGAUCGAUUUAGGGGCCCAAUGGAACCGGAAUUCCCUUUGUAGUCGCUCUGCUUCCCCAGAUUGUAGCGUAAGUAUUUCACAUUUAUCUACUUUGAUUUUGAAGUUAGUCAAUGAGUUAUGUGUUCACUUUGUCUACCAAAUACAGGAGGGUAAGCCUGGAUUGGUGAUCGUAAAAAGCAAAUCGUCCGAAAAAAGGCGGACACCUUAAAUUCCGGUGGUCCCACCCGGAUGCCCCUGAUACUUGCAGUGGUUCUAACACCAAAAUAAACAUUAGAGGUGACAGGGGCAGCUCUGUCUGGUACUGUUGGUAAUGGGCAAUGGUAAAGACAAUUGACCGUUCACUUUUAUGCACGCAGUGGGUCGUGAAUAUAUGGCCCUAAUCCACUGUAUCCAAGCGGGUCCGAAACCCAGAGUUUCCAAUGUGAGAGAGGAACGGCCAGUCCACCCUUUCCAACGCCUUUUCAGCAUCUAUCGCCAACACGAUGGCUGGGUCCCCCCCUCUUUGUGCCCAUUGAACUAAAUCCACUAUCUCUUGGUGGUAUUAUCUUGGCCUCUCGCGCUGGAACAAACCCCGCUUGGUCUGGAUGUUUCAAUCCCUGUAAAAGUGAUCUCUUUUAGUAAAUAGCUUUAUGUCCACAUUAAUCAGCAAAAUGGGACGGAAGCUACCACAGGCCUCUGGGUCUUUUCUGGGUUUGGGGAUCAGGGUAAUUGUGGCUUCUAGACUGGAGGGGGGAAGGGCAGUCGAAUUGGUUAACAAAUUAAUUGAUUCCAAAAAAUAGAGUGAUAGUUCCUGAACAAAAGUUUUGUAAUAGAUAUUAGAAAAGCCGUCUGGUCCUGGGACUUUGUUAGAUGGAGCGGUAUGGAUGGCCUUAGACGGCUCCUCUACUGUGAAGGGAGCUUCUAUGCGGGAUAUCUUAUUGCCUAAGUUGCACUCCAAGUGGGCUUUUUAUGUCUUCCCUACUUAAGGGUGUGUGUUUCAAAUUAUAGAGGGAGUGAUAAGUCUCUAAACGCCUCGGCAAUAUCAUCGUCAGUAUGGGCCAUCGUCCUGUCUGUCCUUUUUAAUUUUAGGAAUGUAUAUAUGCUGUUGUUGAGUUUUUAGCGCAGACGCCAACAGCUUCCCACAUCUAUCUCCCUGUGAAUAAAAUCUGUUUAUUUUUUUUUUAUUUUUUUUUUUUUUGUGUUAUCGCCCAUCAAGAUCUUGAGCUCAGACCUAAGAGAGGCUAGUUUGCAAUAGUCUGACAACGUAUCUUUAGGUCUUUAUGUAUGUCCUCCAGUUCUGCAAUAUCCUGGAGUUGUCUUUUCCUAGUACUAGACUUCUCCCUCUUUAACUGCGUUCCCCACUUCACUAGCUCUCCCCUCAGGACACACUUAUGGGCUUCCCAUUGUAUUGUUUAGUGGUAUCGGAUGUCUUGUUUUCCUGGAAGUAAUGUGAUAGUUGAAAGUGCUUGACGUACUCUGGGGUUUUGUAGUAGGUAAGGGUUAUGUUUCCACUGGUACUUUAUUACAGGUACCGUGGGAUCGCUAUAGUCUGUGAAAUGGGAGCAUGGUCGGACCAGACAAUAUUACCUAUAUUUGUGUUGCGCAUCAGUGAAAGGUCCUUGUGUGCCACUAGGAAAUAGUCUGUUCUAGUGCAUGUCCUGUUUGGAGGCGAAUAGAAGGUAAAAUCUUUGGUAGAUGGGUUCUGGAUUCUCCAGCAGUCAUUUAAUUGACUGCCGUGGAGUAGUCUGUGCAUCUGGGCCCUAGCCAAAGCAAGAUGUGCAGGGUUUGUAGCAGUGCUGUCUCUUUGGGCAUCCAGGGAGAUAUUGAAGUCACCUCCUAUAAGGAUGAUUCCUUCUGCAUAGCGUCGGACUACUGAUAUUAUGCGCCUAAAUGAGGAACAUUGUUUUUUAUUGGAGAGAUUGGGUGAUGGGAUGAUCCCACCAGCCCUUCAAGAAUAAUGUACCUCCCUGAGGUGUCCAUGAUCUGGUGUUGAUAUGUAAAUGGGAUUUGUGAGCCGACUAAUAUGGCCACCCCACGUGUUUUACUUAAAUGGAAGUUGUUAUAGUGGCAAUAUGGAAUUGUUUAUGGCUCAAUUUAGGAGCCCCCUCCCCCCUGAAAGUGUUUCCUGUACAAAAAACCACGUUGGCUUCCAUUUGAAGGAAGUCGCAUAUUGCCAUCUGCCUCUUUUCAGAGGAGUUAAGGCCCUUGACGUUAUAAUAUACGACCUUAAAUGUUUGCAUCAAAGGUACACAAAAUUAAACGCCCUAUCACUCUGGAGUCUGGGUCUCGUACAACAGUCACUUUCUGGAAAAUAAAAACUAUGGGAAAAGUGUGCUCAAAAGAAAGUAAAACAAAUAACAAUUUAAAAGAGCACUGCAAGCAGUAAUACAAGGGGGCGCAAAUAGUGUCCCAAAUAGGAGACGGUGUUGCUCUCGUAGUGGCCCCCAGCCGUUCGUGAACUAUACACAAUUAUAAAAGUAAUAAACCUCUGAAGAAAACCCCCUCUGAGUUUAUACCAUUAAUGUCACAGAUACAGGGUGGUUGGGUGGGGCUUAGCAUAGGACAUAGGCAGCCAGAGCUUCCCAGAUAAUGGCCCAACAAUCCUUAAGAUCACUCUGCAGACCGGACAUUAGUAUAACGUUUGUAAAUAUACAGGGAGGUUAGUUGCCCCGUCCUUUCUGCCGGUGCAUACAGUGGAGCCGUGGAAUAGAUGGCCCCUUUAAGAGGCCUUUAGUGAAGGGGAUUACCCAACGUGGUGCCACCGGGGGGGAUAAACACCCCGCUGCCCCUAGAGACUGUUGUGUUGAUGAAAAAUUUAUGAAUGAAAUAGGGGAGGGAGAAACGGUUAACCACAACCAAAGUAAAUACAAAUAAGUAGGACCCACAAAAUGCAAGGCUAUGAGCAUAAUACUUUAUAGGACCAUAAUGGAGGGGGUCAUAGUCCCAGGAUUUGGACUUCUAUCUGAGCCAUCUGCCCUUCUAUUAGUGAUGGCCAAAUGGGCAUCAAAAGCCGCCUAUGUGGUAGGGUGCAUACAACUCUGAACGGUGUUACAUCUCGAGAUGUAAGUGUCUUGUCUAGCUCUUGUGCUAGGCUGUUGCGAUGCCUUUUCCUGCCUGCAGUAUGUUUCCACUUAGGCUGUUGAGGCAAUGCUUUACCCAAGGGCAUGGAAGCUUCAACAUACCAGUCCGCAACAUCCACCUUAGGCAGGUUAAGGCACCACUGAAAUUCUGGAACAUCCGCCGCAGUUCUGAUGAAGUGUGUUGGCCCCUCUUGGAGCACGGACAACGAAAAGAGGUAACCUCAGCGAUGCCUGAUAUUGUGUUCUUGUAGUGCUAAUGUAAUUGGGUGGUGAGCCCUCCUGCCCUGCAUUUUUUUUUAUUUAUUUUAUUUUUUUUUUUCAAUCCAGGUUCCAGCCAGUUCUGGGAUGCCAAGGAUUUCUUUUUGUUAUCCAUCUGGGCAUUUUUAGGGGUAAAAAUGGCUCUUUUACUCGGAAUGUCAGGAGCUCUCGAGAUGUAACACCGUUCAGAGUUGCAGGACAUGCCCCCCUCAAAGUGAAUUUUAAUUGUUGGCCAAUAGUAUCUGAUUUUAAAAAUAUUAACCAAAAUAUUUUCAGUGCAGCUGUCUUAGUCUAAAGUUUGGAACGCACUUUGAAUUUCCAACAGUUACAGAUUGGUGAAUAACCCUGCAAGUGUUUUGAAAUUUAGAGAACCUGACUGAAGCUCACUUUAUCAAUGUUUCAACGUAGGAGAAGAAAAGAUCACUGUCUUCUGACGCUUCCUUAUACUUUCUCUAAAUGUAAAUCCUGAGGCGUAGGAAACAUGCAAGCCUUCAUCUGUGUGCAACGGGCGUUCUGGCAUCCAUCUGUUAAGAGGAGCAGUGUUUGAGACAUGCUAAUGUUGGAGCCAAUUAAUUUUUAAGCUGCUUUUAUAACGAUGGAGUUGUCAUUGACGUCACUUAAACCAAUGAGAAGCUUAGCUUAACAUGAGAUUUAACCCAAGACUCAAAUCCAAGAAACUUUGUCCUCCUAGCCGUUGGUUCAGGGGGGAAAAGAAGCAACAAAGCAUUUUUGGUCAAUUUGUAUGUUGCAUCAUAAAAUGUUAACUUAAAGUAACAUUACAGGGUCAGGAACACAAACACGAAUCAAUGCAUUCCUAUGAGGAAAACUGCAUGGAGAUGCUGAAUGGUAAGUGCAGCACUGCCCCAAGAAGCACCUCCAGUGCACCUCUCUGAAAAGGCAGUGUUUACAUGAAAAUGCCUGCAGUGCAUGAUUAUACACACCAGAACUACUACAGAUCAUUGCUGGUUAGAAUGGUAAUCCUCUGUAAAUGUAGGGGUUACCACAUACUGAUUUUGGCUUUUGUUCUCCUGUGUUAUCAACUAUAAAGUGUGUGUUCCUAUUUGUUGUAUAUGUAUAUUGACUUUUAUGUAUCCCUCUCCAUAGGAAAUGGAUGAUAAGGUGAUCAGCCCUGAGAAAGCUGAAGAGGCAAAAUUAAAAGCUAGAUAUCCACACCUGGGGCCAAAACCUGGAGGGUCAGACUUCUUGAGAAAACGACUUACAAAAGGAGUAAGUACAUACAUUAAUGUAAUCAGUGUUUGAUAGAGCAUAGCUUGUGCUUAUUAAACAGUUCUGUUCUUAUUUAUAGAAUGUUUGUUUUUUUCAGAGCGGGAGGGGGUGGUUCUCUGCUUUUGGAUUACUUAUAAAAUGUUUUGCAAUGAUUUGAUUUGCAAACCAAAAACGCCAUGGGACCUAGAACUUGGUUUCUGAUACCUGUAGUAUCAGGAGCAAUAGUGAGGGUUAAUCAUGUGGAGGCUAUGCUUUAUAUUCAACAUAUUACCAGAUGUAAGGUGUUGGGGGGGCACUUAUAAAUGCAUUUGUUACAGCUUGAAGAAGUGGGCACUCUGUCCUUUGCUGUGAGAAGUGUAUGAAAUAGAUGUUCUGCUUGGCAGCACUGGUCAAAAAAAAUAAUGACAUGAUGGGAAUCUAAAGGGAGAUCUGUUGCUAAAGAAUAGACCUUGUUUUGGGAUGCACAUCUUGUGUAUGCUUUGUAUCAACCCUCUAUGUAUGAAUGGUGUCUCCUCUCGAACAUGUGAAAGGUUUAUCAUGUCUGCUUUUCCAGUAUUCUACUAGGUUGUCUUGAGGAAUAAUUUGAUGUUUUACAAUCAGUGAUUCACUAACACUAUUUCAUACUUAUUUUCCUAGCAAAAAUAUUUUGAUUCUGGGGACUACAACAUGGCCAAGGCGAAAAUAAAGAACAAGCAACUUCCAGCAGCUGCUCCGGACAAAACAGAAGUCACUGGUGAUCAUAUUCCUACUCCACAGGACCUUCCGCAGAGGAAACCUUCUCUGGUUGCCAGCAAAUUGGCUGGUUGAUCAACUCGCCUAUCUGCAUGAAACCACCUCAUUCCCAUUUAUUUUCUGCCUUUUUUUUUUUUUUCUUCACUUUAUUUUUCCUUUUUUUUAAUGAUUUUUCACUUUAUUUUAUUUUCCCUUUCUGCUCUUUCUCCCUAAACACUGUAGUCGGGCUGACGGCUUAGCAGGCAGUAGUAUGGCAAGCAGCUGUCUGGAGUGUAGGAUAUGUAGAAUAGUCUGAAAACAAUGCACUGAUAAAUAGACCUGUUUUGGUAUAGCAAUGUAAAGUUAAGCUACUUGAAAACAAACACAACAUUUAAUUGUACAUAAUGCCUCUAUCAGGUAUAAGCAAUGGACACUUCUGUGGGUUUAACUGUUUUACUGUUUUUGCUUUUCUUUCACAACUUGAUUUCCUUCAUACUGUAGUGUUUUUUGUUUUUUUCUAAACAAUUUCCCUUCCUUUUUAACUUUUCUUUGGAGUUUAAGACCACAAAUUAUGUUUUGAAAGAAAGCAUGUCAAAUCAAACUGGGUUCUCAAAGGUUGUUCUCAGCUUUCUGCCCUUUUAACUUGAAUGGCCUUAAACCUUUCUCAGCUUUAACGAUAGGAUUCGACUUGGGCAAUAUUUGCUCACAUGGCUGUAACCUUUCAUGAACCUAGUAUGUAAUGAAAGAGACCUGUUGAAGCUGGUAUUUUCCUGGUUAGUAGUGUAGAACCUUAUGUUGAAGAUGUGGAUGAAGUGUGCAUGUGCAUAGACUGUUGAAUUCACUUUUGUGCCAUUUUGUAAAUACAAUAGUUUUGCACAACCUUUUUGCAAACGUGUACUAAUUUUUACAGUUUACAAGAUCUGUAUGUAAAGCUGUAGCACAUUUUAGUUUUCAAAUUUAAACAGAAAAAAACAAUCCUCCUGGUUAAUUUCAUGAAGCUCAUUCUAAAUUUGGUUUUGUUCAGUUUUUUUUUCUUUUUUUUUUUUUUUAAUGGAUUUAUUUGUGGACUUUUUUUAUGGGAUGAAACAAACUGCAUUUCGAGGAAUUAAUUUGAGCCAGGAAAAAGCAACUUAUGCCUGUCCAUGCUGCUGUAGUUUCAUCUUACAAAGAGUAACGAGUCCUCAUCACAGCGCAAAUAUUCCCGGCCUACCUGUGGUUUACACAAUUGUAGAGCAGUCGCAGAUUGCGUCGCAUGCCUGUGUCGAGAAAAUUGCAUGUAUUUUCUUUGUCCAUGGCUCCAGGUUACAUGGACCUGCAUGGUACAUGCAUACAUCAAUCUGUGGCACUAAGGGGAUCUGCUAGUCUGCAGCAAAUUUUUAAGGCAUUAAAACUGACUCCAUAUAUCUGUAUAUCCUAAUAUAAAGUUUGGAAUUGGGUUGUGACCAGAAGACAAAAAUGUUCUGUGUUAACAUGCAUUCAGGACACAUAUUCCAAAACAAACCGUACAUUUGCAACAUAAGCAAAUUCUAAGGUUCGAUAACUGCUAAACCUUCAAGGUGUAUAUUACUGUGCUUAUUGGUGUCCAACAGCAGUCAUUAAUUGGUAUCAACAUUUUAAAGUAGUCUGUGUUAGCAAAUGAACUACAAUAAUGCUGGAUAUACUAAACAUUUAUGAAUAUUGUUAAUAAAGAUUACAACUGUA